AUGAAUCCGACAAAGUGGAACCUUGUCUCGAUGGUAAUGCUUUCACUAAUUUGCACGGCCAUGCAGACGCGAUCGAUUCAAAAUUCAAAACAUUUCGUCUCGACGUCGAAUCCGUCGUUCAGUAUACAGUCCUAUUGGGAGCACAUCCUGAGAGACUCCGUGUUUAAAACGAUCUCUCCAUCGCGUAAUCACCAGUUGUACAAACGUCUGUUGGAGGCACCGUUUUACGACGGCCCCUUUCCCAUCGUUUCGAACAGCACGGACAACUCGGUCGUUUUGUCGCGCGGCCACGUUUAUCACCUGCCGAACGGCCAUUGGCUGUUCUGCCAGCAAGGGUGCACCGAGUGCGGGGCGUGCGUCGACCACACGCACCCCACGGUCAAGUGGGUGCUGCGGAGAAUCAAGAGGAUCUCCUCGCACGGCGCCACAAGACACGAUCUUCAGCUGACGAUCGUGCCGCAGAUAGACGGCAGCUACCACAUGAGGAGCCUGUGGUCGCAGUCGUACGUCUACGUGACCUCGGAAGGCGAGCGGGAUACCUACUUGAAUGACAGGCAUAGUUACCGUAACGAUGCCACCGCUUACGUCGAAGACGAUCCUCCCGGCCAGGGGAAGUCGGGGAACUUUUGGUCGUACAUCGACAGAAACUCGUUGCCCGAGAGACGAGUUCUUGGAAACUCGAGCGUGGACGAUGCUGUUGGAAGCGAGGUUAAAGAGAAUCUGGAGAGCACGACUGUACUGAUACCCAAGAGAGAGGAUGUUGGGAGGAAUGGCGAGGAGGAGGGCGAAUUGAAGAAUGUCAAAAGGCAACGUCCAGAGGUGAGGUUAAUCAACGAGAAGCAAAAUUUGAAUGGAUCUUCGAAGGAUGUUAGAUCGAAGGAAAGUGGGAGUAGGACGAGGCAGUUGGUACCAAAGUUGAUCCUUGGAACUGAUCAGACGGGACAGAAGCAUUUGGUGCACGUGGUGCCUGCCGACGGAUCGACGAACACGAGUUUGAUGAACUCUGUGGUGUCGAACGUUUUGAACUCGGCCGGCCAGAACAGAACCGCUUAUCAGAGGAUAUUACGAAGGAUAUUCGACUCUUUGAGUAACAAUAAGAGAUCCAUUGAGAAUUUCCUGGAACCUCUUGCGUCACGAGAAAAGUUGAGCCAACGAGACGAGGAGCAUCAGCAACAGGAAACGAGAAGUGGUUUUUCUGGAUUGAGGUCAGCGGGUCUUCUUUAUCCACUUCAUGCCAUAAAAAGCAAAAAUGAAUCUUCGUUCGAGAGAAGGUGGCCUUAUACUUUAAACUGGCGCAGAGAACGUGGGGUGUCUAAUAAUAACGCGUUUGCUAAUAGAUUUCUGAAUAAUGCAGUUAACAACGGUAGUUACAUCUUAAACCCUAAGAAUAUCGCAGAGAAUAAGAACGCAUCAAAUAGGUCUGAUUCUCAUAUAUUAACUGGAAGUGGUUAUGAUAAUAAUACAUCUCGCAGUAACUUCAAGAUUAAUAAUGUCAGUCAAUAA